UACUCUGUUUACGCAACCGCACGAGCUUCACCAAAUCAAGAUUCACGGAUUUGUGCUAGUCGGACCGAAACGUCAGUGCCAUUCGCCUCCCUCGGCAAAACAUCCAUUAGUUCAAACUUGGAGUCUAUUUGAACCAGUCUCGGUGUACGUUCAAGCUGCUCGAGCUAGCUUAGCCUAGCUUAGCUUGCUAGCUAGCUAGCUAGCCGCUAACAACGGAGAGCCGCCUUCGUUCGCCCACACGCCGCUCGGCACAAAGCAAGUGUGAGUCCGAAGCGUUGCGGUCGUCGCGUGGAAAAUGUGCGCGAAGCGUGUGAAAGAAGAAGAAGACGAGGAAGACAUUUGUGCGGCAAAAGAGGACACCGAGCGACAACCCGAAGGGAGGGACGACGCUGCUUGCGAGCAGCCUCGCGUUGUCUCACGAAAAGCAGACGUCGGCGAAGGGGACCUUCGUCCUGAGAAGCAGGCGCCAGAGUCGUCUCGGGUCAAAGAAGAAGAGCAGAAGGACGAUAUUCGCAAGUUUCCAUUGGCCGGUGUCAGGGUGAAGAGUGAAGAAGAAGAAGAAGAUGAUGGAGGCUCACAAUCAGACAGCCUCUUUGCUCCGCUGUCAGAUAGUGAUGACCUAACGUCACACUCUUCUGGCUACGAUGACCGCGAGGAAGAAGAAUGCUCCAAAGGUGAUUUGACGGGCCGCACUGACAACAAAUGCAUGCGGUGUUCUCAUUGCGACAAAACAUUUGGCAAAAAGUCAUUGUUGAAAGCACAUACAAGAACUCAUACUGGAGGAAAACCUUUUGCCUGCUCAGUUUGUGGCAAAACAUUCAUUCAGAAGGGAGAUUUAACAAGGCACACAAGAACACACACUGGGGAAAAACCUUUUGUCUGCUCGGUUUGUGGAAAAAGAUUCACUCAGAAGGGCUAUUUAACAAUUCAUACACGAACGCACACAGAAGAAAAACCCUUUGUCUGCUCGGUUUGUGGCAAAAGCUUCACGCAGAAGGGCUAUUUAACAAUUCAUACGCGGACGCACACGGAAGAAAAACCCUUUGCCUGCUCAGUUUGUGGCAAAACAUUCGCUCAGAAGACAAAUUUAAAAACUCACACAAUAACACACACUGGCGAUAAAGCAUUUGCCUGCUCGGUUUGUGGGAAAAGGUUCUCGAGAAAGACAAAUUUAACAAUGCAUGCAAGAACGCACACUGGAGAUAAAACGUUUGCCUGCUCCGUUUGUGGGAAAAGAUUCACUCAGAAGGCAAAUUUAAAAACUCACACAAUUACACACACUGGCGAUAAACCAUUUGCCUGCUCGGUUUGUGGGAAAAGGUUCACGAAGAAACAAGCCUUAAUAGCACACAAAAGAACACACACCGGCGAGAAACCGUUGAGUUGCAGCGCGUGUCAUCACAAAUUCCACGUCGGGCGGGAGCUGAAGAGACACAAGUGUGCUGCUGGGAAGAGAAGUGGUCAAUGAAGCUGCGCAAUAAACCGAACAAGCCCAGGCCGUGUUGCUCAUCGUUGACUCAUUCCAUAUUUCAGAAUCAAUAUAUAUAUAUAUAUAUAUAUAUAUAUAUAUAUAUAUACACACACACACACACAUAAAAAAUAGCUCCAUUUUCCAUACUGCUUCCCGUCAGGCGGGGUACACCCUGAACCGGUCGCCAGCCAAUCGCAGGGCACGUAGAAGCAAUCAAGCAUUGCCACUCACGUUCACACCCACGGACAAUUUUAGAGUCGUCAAUCAACCGAGCGCGCGUGUAUCUAUCCAUCUGUCUGUCUAUGUGUCUGUCCGAUUGAAUAUAGUU